AUGGAAAGAACGAAUAUACUCCUGGGUGAAGGUGCCUAUGGACGGGUCUACGAGGCCACUGAUCGAGCCUAUGUCGUCAAGGUCAUGAUAGUCAAUGACGAAAAGAGAAUCAAAGCGGCAGAAGCUGAGUGCGAGAUACACAAAUCUCUACGACACCAUGGGAACCUCAAUCAGCUGCUAUUAGAUGAUUCGGGAGGGGAUCUCACAAAUUUGAAUCCUCAACACGCAGUUAUAUUUGCAGAUUCUUUGCUUCGGCAGAUGAUUCCAGUACUCAAUUAUUUGAGGAAGAAAUCUGUCAUUCACCGGGACAUAAAGCCCGAGAACAUUUUGUUCGAAUAUGAAGUAGGUUAUUGCAAAUUCUUCCUGUCAGACUUCGGAGGAGUCAAGGAUCUCAACAUGGGAAGUGCCCAUACACGCCGCGGAUCAAGUGCCUUUAUUGCUCCAGAAAUGCGAGACCGUCGUCUUGGAGAUCAAAGCCAUGCACUGGACGUUUACUCUCUCUUUGUGACAACUCUCUAUGUUGUCGACGAGAGCUUUCGGACAGCGGAGUCAGCGAAAAAGUACUCGAGGAUUCUUAUUAGCAAAGGACGGAUUCAAGAGGCUCUCAAAUUUAUACAUGGAAACAUACGUGAUCACAUGAAAACAUGGCCGGAAAGCCAUAUUGAGGGACUGCAACUGGUACACGAGCUCGCAAAUUUGUAUCUUGGCGCAAGCCAGGUAUCGAAGGCGAUCGUGCUGCUGGAGUAUGUCGUGGCAGUGCGGAAGCAGAGACUGCACGUAACAGAUCAGUAUCGGAUAGCGUCAGAGCAAGAUCUCGCAUCGGCGUAUCUCCUUGCAUCUGUUUAUAUCGAAGGCGGACGGAUUAAGGACUACAUUAAUGGGUCAUGGUAUCGCUCACCCCAACUCAAAAUGGUGACCUCUUAUAAUGAUGCCAACGACGACAAAUCUUUCGAUGAUCUUCUGAUGCAGCUGAAGUGGGCAUCUCCAGAGAAACUUGAGGAUAUGGAAUCAGGAUUGGCCGCUCAGAAAGCGACUGAGCUGCUAGAGGCCGUUGUAAAGUCACAGAAGGUAACUAAGGUUCUUUGA